GGCAUCUUCAUCAUCACAAAGCCUUAGCCUGGGACCUCCAGUGACCUAAUGAAUUUCUCAUCGCAAAAUAACAGGAGAAUGCUCCACACCCCACUGUAUGAUUCAGAAUGAUGGAAGUUGAGUCCCGCAGCUGUCUCUCUCUGCCGUCUUCAUCCCUGAUUUCACAGUGCACCAGCACCCCCAUCAGUCACCACCCCAGCACCCCCAUCAGUCACCACCCCACACCACAGGUCUCCAGUCACCGGCCAGUAAUAAAACAAGCAGCAAGCAAUAUGAUCAUCGAUUCUUCCAUCCAGCACAUAGACACCGCCACCGCACCCCCCUCCCCUCUCAAAGACCAGCUUCCCUUAGAAACCUCCGUCAGUGGAGCCCGGACUGGCCUGUGUUCGCCCAAGAUGGUGGAGAGUGGAAAUCCUCUCCUGUCGCACACGGAAGACAAUGAGGAUUUGCCGGAGAUGACCCACGAUGUCGAAGACCAGAAGGACAUUACAGACAGUUACUCUGUGCACGAGGAUCAAGUUUCGCAAAAAAUGGUGAUGGAAAACGACGAAGUCACCAAGGAAAAUGUUUUCGCUAACGGUGAGGAGUCUGACCACAAUGCAUCUGCAUCGCCGCCAGAUCUGCGUCUGAAGAACGGAGACCUGGAGAACAGUGUGUGUAACAGUCCCGUGUCUAGCGACCUUGGCGAGAAGCAGAGGUCGCGCAGAAAACCGACGCUGGAGGACAUUGUCCGCAGAAUGAAGACCGUCGAGACGUACACCAGCGAUGACAGCGACAGCGAGAUGACCAACGGUCACCUGUCCAUCGACAUGAGCAACGGCUUGGACGAAGUGGACGGAGGGUCGAUGGACAUCAACAUGGACACCUCGGAAUCGAGGAAGCGCGAAAUACUGAUGGAAACCCACCAGAAACUGAAACGUGAAAUGUUGUUGGAAGGUCAUCAUCAUCACAAACUGGAGCAGGACAUGUUGAUGGAGAGUCGGGCCAUGAAACAGGAACUGCUGACGGAAAGUAACUCGAACCUUUCGAAAGACAAUCUCGAACCUCCGCAGAAGCCGGCUCCUCCGGUGGACACGAUGCUGAUGUCACCACGGCUGGCCGAGCACCUCGAAUCGAAGGAAAACCACCCGAUCUUCCCCAGCCCCAACGUCAGCCUGCUGUCGUCCUUCCCCAUGGCUUCCAACAUCAGUGAAACUGCUUUCUCCCCACACGUGUAUGCCACGCCCAAGCUGAACAACUGGUUCCCAGGGUCCUUCAACGGGCUGCCUCUCUUUCCAUUCACCCCCAGCCCCAUGGACCACAGCUUCGCCCGCAAGUUUCUUCCGUUUGAUAGCAAGCUGGCGGCAGAGGUGGAGAAGGACUACCUGAAGUGCCAGUACUGCGAGCGGACGUUCAGGCGCCAGAAGAACCUGGAAAACCACAUUGAGAACACCCACCACGGCAAGUCGCCUGUGCGCCGGCGCGAGAACGGAACUGAUAUGUAUUUCAAGUGCACCCACUGUCCAUACACCACCAAACACCAGAGCAACCUGUACGUGCAUCUCAGAAUACACACUGGUGAGCGUCCCUAUAUCUGUGGGGCCUGUGGCGUGCAGUACAGCCAGAGUCACAGCCUGAAGAGCCACAUCAUCAACAAGCACGACGGCAUCAUGUCGUACUACAUCAAGGAGAAGCGCACGCGGUCUCCGCGCGGCAUGGGCUACCUCACGCAUAUCAUCCCCGACUCACAGAUGUUCAAGAUGCCGACGGCACCCGGCAUCGUGCCCAGCAUUCCCAGCAGUUUAGACCUGGCCAAGCCACUGGACAUAAGCAAGAGUGGCCUGGACGCUGUGUCUCCACUGCAUCACUGGCAGAAGUCUAGUCCCCAGCAUUAUCUCCUCAAUGGCCACUCCUCCCCCAACUAUGGCGACCUUCCCAGCAGUCGCAGCCCCAGUUCCCUGCAGCAGUUUCCUUCCAGCGGCCACCUGCAGCCGAGCAAUAGCAUGAACAACAGCCACAUGAUGACCACGCCCACCUUCUCCAGCAACCAGUCGCCCAUCGUGGCCGCGCAGGAGGACAGCUGUGGUGCCAUCGACCUUAGCAAGAAGUCGGUGAAGGAGCACCUGCUGUCGGGCAUCUCCAGCAUCGCCCACGACAGCGGCAUGGCCGGCCUGAUGCCACUUCACGGCCAGAAUCUGUGCAGUAACUGUCUCCACGGUGACAAGCUGCGAAUGCUGCGCAUGAACGUGGUGCGCAUGCUGAGCAUUCUGGUGCCGAAUCUAAAUUUCGAGGAGAAAGGGAUCAGUGCCGACAGCGAUUCGGUGGACGAGCUGCUGCAGGACGUCAUAGAGAGCAACACACAUGACGACGACAUGGAGUAGAGGCACACGCUUCCGUUUGUAGUCGGUUUAAAACAUGACGCUAGGCUCAGACUACCAGCUGUCACAACAGAGUUGUCCAACUCUCCACCCUCACGACUUGUACGAUUGUCGUAUAACCCAUUAUGGUAGGAUCAAACUACCAUUUGCUAUGACAAAGUUGGCCAACAUGCUGCUGGCACGAAUUCCACGACUGUCCAGUUGCUAAUCUGAGCACACCUGUUGUGGGGAAAUUACAACGCAACCGUUGAGUUGACCAACUUCGUUGUGACAGUUGACAGAGUGAGCCUAGCAUGACUGUUCCUCCAUGUUGCACACAGAUCUCAUGGUUUAUGUAUAUUGUAUUAGGGACACCAGUUGGCUCAGUGCAUGAUGGUUAUUUGUCAAGUCUGAUUAUAAACAAAACCAAAACAUGAAAACUUUUAUUGAGUAUGUGUUCUUUACAUGCAAUAAUAUUAAUUAAGGGACAUAUUGGACAUAUCAAGGCAGUAAGACCAUGUCUGAAAGGACUUUUUUUUUUAAAAGAUCACCCGAAAAGACAUACAAAAGAUGUCCUUUAUUGAGCAAAUGAUCUAUAUAUACAGGCUAAAAGAGGCAUUUGUUGGCAGAGAUGUGUAAGGUGCGUCAAAGAGGCAGAUGGUUGACUAACAUUGCUCUCUAUAUUUAUCACAUAACUUUAAUGUUUCAAAUAAAAAAAUACCAAACAUGCCAUUAGUUGCUAGAUUUUUAUGCAAUUUUAAAAGUUACUGACUUUAUAAAACAUUCUUGAAACAGAAAAAGUACUAUUAAAACUGAUAAGAAAUUAAAUAUUUUGGAGGUGACCUAAAAAUGUUAGAAAAAAGCAUUGAACAUCAAACAAUUAAUGUUGUAUGAUUUACACAGAUUAAUACAGAAUGUUUGAAGCCAUGAAAAGUUUUAUUCAAAAACGUUUUGAAAGCAAGUAAAUUGUUUUUUGAGUGUAAAAUUACCAUGGUGAUAGUGACUUGUUCCUUUUUAAUUUUUUUUGUAAACAUUGGGUUAUGUGAUAAAUAGGAAGUGACAGUGAGUGUUACACAGAUGCUUUGUACUUGAGAUCUUAGUCCAAGAAGAAAGUGUACGUAACAUUGCCUUAGGCCUCUGUGUCUAGCAUUAUGCUUACUUUCAUUUAAACAUGGUCAAAGUAAGACGUCCGAGUUAUUGAACUCUUAAGAUCACUUUAAUUGACAGAUGGUUUUGAAGAUGAUGGUCAUUCACUCUAGAUAUAAAAGUUUGCUAAAAUAUUUUCUGCAAAAAUCAUUGAUUAUUGGUUAAAGAUGAGAAUUAUGAUUAUGUGACAAAGAUGGACCUGUUUUCCAAUAGUCAAUCCCAAUGUAUAGACUGCGUAUUGAGUCUCUGGAAAUUGUGAAUAUCAAUACUGUUGAUAAAAUUAUUUUCAUCUUCAGUUGAGAAUAGUGAAAACCCAGGGGCAGAAUUUUGUAAAUAUAUUUAAUAUCAAAAUCUAUAAAAUCCACAGAAUUGGUUUAAAUGAAUGUCACCACCCAUCAGAAUUGAAU